AGUUUGUUUAUUGUUAUCUUGAGUAUUUACGAAACGACGCAUAAUAACAAAGAAUUGGUUUUGGCAUUUUUUAAGAGUUGCAAUGGCAGAAAUGGAAAUGCAAAGUAAUAAAAUGUCUAUCACAGAGGAAGCACAAGCGCAGACUCGGAAAGAAUGCGGAAAAAGAGGACGGAAACCAGGAAGAAAGACAUCGACUGAAAAAUUGGAUAUGAAGGCCAAACUUGAGCGUAGCAGGCAAAGUGCUAGAGAAUGCCGGGCACGUAAGAAACUACGCUAUCAGUACCUCGAAGAGUUGGUUGCGGAUCGGGAGAAGGCUGUAGUGGCUUUGCGUGCCGAACUGGAGCGCUUAAUACAAUGGAAUAGACAGUUAAGUGAAAAUAACACUCCAAUCAACAAUGACCAGUUGCUUCAGGAAAUCGGUAUCCUCAAACAAGAAUGACCUAUAUUUUUAUUCUUAACAUAAAAUAAUGAUAAAUAUACGGCAGUUACUAUUUAUAUUUUUAACCAAAA